ACGUGAUAAUAACACAACAAAAUGGCGACCAGUAUGGAGGAAAAUAGAGUUUUAAUCCUUGGAGGUUUGUAUUUCGACUACUGUAAAUAAGAUUUAUAAUUAUAUUGAUGUUUUUUUGUUGUAUUCAUGAAUGCAUUGCUGAUUUUUUUUUAUAGUGUAAUCAUAACCAAAGCUUAGCAUUUAUUGUUUUAUUCACACUCAUCAUACCAUCGCCGAGUAAAAGCGCAGCCUCGUUGUCUAGCUUCUCAUUCUCUUGCAAGUUUUGUUAAUUUUGCCUGUAACUAAGACCAAUAAAGUAUAAAGUAUCCUCUUCAAAAACAUGCAGAGUUACAUCGCGAACCCCUCAUGGGUCCUCAAAAUAUAGAAUAAGAGGAAGAAGGACACCAACUAACUCAAAGCCAAAAUGUUUUUUGUGUCUCAUUAAAUUUCAUUAAUUUAUUUAAGGGUGCAGAUAUUUGAUUGGACCUGGUAUGAGAAGUGAGAUGUUGGGUUUAUUUUUAAAUAUUUUAAAUUGUUAUUGUGUUGUUUGUACGACAAAAUUUGGUAUUAAAUUUUAUUAUUAAGAUAAUGUAUUGAUUGAUUUUGUGAUGAUAUUGUACAAUUUUAAGAGUUUGAGGGUAAACAGGUCUGGAUGUAUUUAUAAAAUUAUACUAUUUGAAUCUAAUGUUAUUACGUUCUUUUUGUAAUAACAGAAUUACUAUUUACUGUACGAUUUAUACAGAAAAAUCAUAAGUUUAAGGAGAAAAAAGGGUGGUGUGGAAUUUUCAGGUUUUUUUUUCCAAUUUUUUUAAAAAGUUUGUAUUCUUUACAUAUAGGGGUCUAAUGUUUUAUUUGCAAUAUUAGAAUAAAUGUAAUUCAAUCUAGUUGAUUUUAAACACAUUUAAGCUAUGGGGAAUACAAUGAUGAAAAUUUCCUACCAUAAAUUGUCCUCUUGGUUAUUAAGUUAUAAUCUUCUUAGUAAAAAUAUAAAAAUUUUGGAUCACAAAAAUUGGGUCCUUUUUUUUAUGGUACGAAAAGUGAGUUUUUAUUAAUUUAAAAAUUUUAACUUUUUUAACCAAAAGUGCUAUGUGAAAAUUAAAAACAUAACAUUUAUUUUUUAUCAAGGGUUAUCUGUCAGAUAUGUUCAAUUCUUAAUUGAAUUGGAAUAAAUAAUCCAAGUGAAUAGUCAUUGAGGACUGACUGGUGGACUAGACAUAAUAUGGGAGAAAUGAGCCACCACUUCUUUUUUCCUUUAAAUACUUUUUUUGUGUAAGGGCAGGAUUUUACAUUGAUUUUGACAUAUCAUGCAUUAGGCACCAUGUUAUCAAAAAGAACAUUUUGUUAUAACGUUACUUUUGUUGCUUUUCCGGCUGAAAGAACCAAUCAAAUACAGUGUGAUUGUUUAUUAGUCUAGGAUGAAGAAUUUUCUCAGUUGACAAGUGGCAGGUGUUGAGUGUUUUCUAUUUAAAUUAUGUUAAACAUGGGGUGGGGAAAAUCCCAAAGAAGACAAAACAAGCAGACACAAAACAAGCAACAUGUAGGCAAGGAGUCAAAUUUAAAGAUGAGAAAUUAUCUUGUUUGGCUGGAAGCUAGGCCAGAGUAAAGUCAAACAUUCUCAAGAUUUUUGUCAUAUCCCUUAAUUGGCCUUAAUAUAUGAUAAGUAUUACAAGGGCUAACUUACUAUAAUUAAACAAGAACAAAAUAAUAUUUUGAUGACAGAAUAAGAGACAAGGUGCUGCUGGGGUUUCAUUUAUUGUAAUUAAAAUUGUUGGAAAGUGCAGUAUAUCAUUUUACGUAUAUUUUAACAAUUUUAUUUUCAGGCACUGGUUUCAUAGGGAGAAACCUGGUUGAUUAUUUAGUUCGAAACAAAUUGGCAAGAAAGGUACUUGUAAAUAAGUCUAACAUUAAUGUUAAUUAAACUGAUGUUAUCUUUUUAUUUUUAUACAACAGUGAUUUUAGUAAGAAUGAUAAGAUGACAUAAUGUAUGAUGUAUUUGUUUUUUUACUUGUAGAUUCGAGUAGUUGACAAGGUACCACCUCAGAUGGCAUGGCUAAACCCUCGUCAUUUGGUAGGCAUGCAAAUUAAUGUGAACAUUGAAUAAGGCGAUAAACGAGAUAAUUUUAUUUAAUUAAAAGUUUGCUCAGAGAGUUACAAUAGGUUAUACAAAUAUUUAGUUUUAUCUUAAUGUUGAUAAAUCCACAAUUAAAUAUCUCUUAUGAUUGAUGCUGUUCUACUGUUUGUUUUGUGUGUAUAUAUACAGGAAUCCUUUGAAAAUCCAGCUGUUGAAUUCUGCCAGGCUAAUAUCAUUAACAAAGGUAAUGCCUCUAUUUUUGUUUGAUGAUUUUAUUGCAUUUUUAAUAUCUGCAUUGCAUUAUAAUAAUUUACCAGGUGUUUUGUUUUAAAAAACACAAUAUGUCAUUCAUGUUAAACUCUUUUUGAAAUUAAAAAAAAAAAAAUUUGCCUACAAAUAAAAGUUAAUAAACAUUUAUUUUAAAAAAACUUAUGGAGAGCUUAGACUUUGUGAGCAAUGAAUAGGUUUAAUGAAAUUUAAACGUUAAUCAGCUUAAAAAUAAGUUGAAAUAUAUGAACAUUUUGAUUCAAAGCCUCUGCUGAGAAGGUCUUCUGUGACGAUGAUGGAGGGUUCGAUUUUGUCAUAAAUCUGGCUGCUGAAACAAAGCAUGGACAGAGUGAACCGGUAGGUAGGUUUUGAAAGAGUAAAUCAGUAGGUGUGACAGAUUGAAUGGUAAGGCUUGACAGUACAAGUAGGUGGGACAGAAUGAAUGGGAAGGUUUGAGAAGUUGAGCAGCUAGGUAUGAUCAGUUGAAUAGGUAAGUGGGAUUGGUUGAACCAGUAGGUGUGAUAAGUUAACUUGUUGGUGUGACAGACAGAAUGAAUCAGAAAGUGUGACAGAAUGAAUGGGUAGAUUUCAUCAUUGGCUGUAGAUGUGUGAAGAUCAAAUACGUCCUUUAGCCAAUUGUAAAAUUUUUCAUUGUGUGGUAACAUCUGUCAGUAUUUCAUAUGCAACAUUUGUCCCAGGUUUAUAAGGAAGGGAUCUAUCGUCUAAGUCUCAACUGUGCUGAACUCGCUGCCAUGCAUAAAGUGAAGAGAUUUAUCGAGCUGUCAACAGCCCAGAUAUACACACACGAGAAGGUAAUAUGCAAUAUUUUUAUUGUUGUCUAUACGAGUAAUUGUAUGUUGAAAUAUGUCCAACUCAUACCGUACCUUUAAAAAAUAUCUGGAAAAGGACAUAUUUAAUACAUAUUUAAUACAAACAAAAUUUUUUAAGUUCUGUAAGACAGCCUUAAGCAGGGCAACAUAUUUAAACAAGUAUGGAAAGAAUAAUACUUAACAUAAACACACCUUAGGAAGGAGCUCAACAAUAGGUACAAAAUCACCCUGGUAUUAAAUUGCACAUUUUUACUUUGUAGAAUACAUUUUUGUGGCAUUCAUUAAUAUACGAAAAAUGUAUAACAUAUCUCAUUAUUCCCUGACAGAAACCAGCCAGAGAAGAUGCUAAAUCAGAGCCUUGGACCAACCUGGCACGUCACAAACUGGAUGUGGAGAAAGCUCUAGAGAACUAUGUAGAUCUCAACUAUGUGAUCCUACGGCCAGCAAUAGUGUAUGGAAUAGGAGACAGAAAUGGACUGAGUUAGUGUCUAGGUGUUGGGAUGUGGGGCUCAUAUGGCCCUGUGACACGCCAUAGUUUCCAGGUGUUGGGGAAUGGGGUUUUGUUGUAUUGGGACCAUGUGGUCCUAUGACCAGCCUUAGCGUCUGGUAUGGGGGAUGAAAAGUACGCUAGUCUUUUCUAAACUAAUUUGAACAAUUGGUUUGGUUACUUUUAUGAAGGAGAUCCUAGUUCUCAAUAUACCCACUCCCAAAUUCUUUGGUAAAAUAAGUUAUUUUUUUUAAAAACUCUGCCUAAGCAAUAAAUAAGUCAAAUUUUUUUCAAUAGACAUUUAAACUAAUAUGUUUGUUGUACAACUCCACAGCCCCAAGGCUAAUCAUUGGAGCCAUAUACAAGUACACAAUGCAAAAGAUGCAGGUGAGUUUAUUGUUGUUUUGGAAAAGUUUAAGCUAGUCUCUUUCCACGUCUGCAUGAAAAUAUAGAGUUUUAUAUUUACAUUUGGCUACUUCUACUACUUAUUUAACCCACUCUUACUUUUUAUAACUACACAUUUUGCUCUUAAUUCCUGCAUGCAGAAUCAUUGCCAGUUGCUGUAGAAUGCUAGUUCAGAACUCCCACACUAGUUGACUGCUAAAGUUUACUGUCACUCAUAUGAGAACAUAGCACUUCAACACAGUGUUUAAAAAAAAAAAAAGCACACUUUGCUAGAGAUGUUCAAAUAACAUUUUCUUUUCACUGCCUUUCAGAUGCUGUGGACCAAAGAUUUAAAGAUGAACACUGUCCAUGUGGAUGAUGUGGUCAGGGCCAUCUGGCAUCUAUGCUUCCACGGCAACAGAGGUCAGGUGUAUAACCUCACAGACAAGGGAGACACAAGUGAGUCUUGGCGUGUUGUGUUGAGGAGUAGCUAAGGGGGGUCACUAGAUGUAGAUAUAGCCUUUAGUUUAAUCAAUGUAUAUACCUGUAAUAAUUUCCUUUAACACCUUACACACGAUGCCAUAGUAACAUAAACAAUUCAUGACUACUCUCACCUUCAAUGCACACACAUUUAACCAUGUUUUGUUACUUCCGAAAUGAAUAAAUUCCACAUUUUUAACUUUAAGUAAGAUUUUUGUCAAAUUUUGAUUUUUUUUUACACUGAUCAAUGGUAAUUUUGUUAAAAAUUGACCCCGAUGAAAAAAUUCAGAUGAAUCUAGAUGUAAUUUUUUAUAAUUCUUUGGUUAAUUGUGUUACCUGCAGCAAUACAGAUUCCUGUAUUUAAAUCAAUCACAUAAAUAUAGUAUACAAAUAAAAAUAGUAAGUCUUGACAAAAAUAUUGAGCUUACCAAUUCCGUUGGUGGAUGUACAUAAAGUGUUACAAUCGACUUAAACCUUUAAGAUUUUAUCAUAGAUUGUAUUAUUGACUAAUCACAUCGUCUUUUGCUGUCACAUUUAUUUGUUAAUCCUGUUUUCCCCAGCUCAAGGUUUGAUCAGUAGCCUGGUGUCUGAGCUGUUUGACAUCAAUUAUGACUUCGUUGGAGCUAUCUUCUCAAACUUAGCAAGGGUGAGCUAUGCUAAUAAUCUUGAUGUUGAUGAUCUAUCAUUAAUUAGGAACUGUUGAUGCUGAUUUUUUAUAAGCUUUAAUUAAUUGGUUAUUUGAUUCUCAUCCACCUAGAAUAAUGUACUCUCUACUACCCUAGAAGUAUUUUCCUCUCAUCCACCCUAGAACAUUGUCCUCUUAUCCAACAAAUUAUAAUCUCCUCUCAUCCAACACAUUACAAUGUCCUCUCAUCCAACACAUUACAAUGUCCUCUCAUCCAACACUUUACAAUAUCCUCUCAUCCAACACAUUACAAUGUCCUCUCAUCCAACACAUUACAAUGUCCUCUCAUCCGACACAGUACAAUGUCCUCUCAUCCAACACAUUACAAUGCCCUCUCAUCCAACACAUUACAAUGCCCUCUCAUCCAACACAUUACAAUGCCCUCUCAUCCAACCCAGUACAAUCUCCUCUCAUCAAACACAUUACAAUGUCCUCUCAUCCAACAGUACAAGUCCUCUCAUAAAACACAUUACAAUGUCCUCUCAUCCAACACAUUACAAUGUCCUCUCAUCCAACACAUUACAAUGCCCUCUCAUCCAACACAUUACAAUGCCCUCUCAUCCAACCCAGUACAAUCUCCUCUCAUCAAACACAUUACAAUGUCCUCUCAUCCAACCCAGUACAAUGUCCUCUCAUCCAACAGUACAAUGUCCUCUCAUAAAACACAUUACAAUGUCCUCUCAUCCAACACAUUACAAUGUCCUCUCAUCCAACACAUUACAAUGCCCUCUCAUCCAACACAUUACAAUGCCCUCUCAUCCAAAGCAGUACAAUCUCCUCUCAUCAAACACAUUACAAUGUCCUCUCAUCCAACACAUUACAAUGUCCUCUCAUCUAACACAUUACAAUGUUCCCUUAUCCACCCUAGAUCAAAGUCUUAUCUCAACAGAAUCCUUGCUUUACCCACCCUUUCCCAAACUGUUCUCAUACAUCUGUGAGCGGGCAUGUAGGCUAUAGUGGCAACUUGUUUUUCAUGUCUUAAGGUGAGGAUGACAGAUAUCGUCGAUGAUAUCAAUGAGAAACACAUGAGGCCCUGGUCCGAUGCUUGUCAGAGAGACCAAGUCAGUAACACACCCCUCAAUCCUUUUAUAGACCAGGUGAGUUGGGGCUGCUUUGACCAGGUGACCAUUUGAGGAGACAUAUAUAGACCAGUUGAGUUAGUCUUGACUAGGUGGUAAGUUGUGUAAACAUUCAUAGACCAGUUGAGUUGGACGUGCCUUGACCAGGUGAUAAGUCUUGUAAACAUUCAAAGCCAGGUGAGUUGUGUUUGCCUUUUGGAAUAUAAUAAUUGACAAGAUGUUGAUGCAAACUGUUGUAACAUUUGAUAGUUCCCAAAACUACUUUGAAAUUCAACAAACAGCUUUUAAAUUUGAUAUUUUCAGGAACUGCUAUGCUAUUUAAAUAACAUCCUUUAUAUUUGAUACUUUCAGGAACUGCUGUACAAUAAACAUCUUUUCAUCGAUGGCUCCAAGAUUGAGUCGACAGGAUUUGCAUACACCAUUCCAAAAUUAGAAAUCGGCCACCUGAAAGAGGUCAGUGACAGCACAUCAAUUCUUAAUUCAUGUUCCCGUGGGGAAUACUAAUGUCUUGUAAAGCCAUCAUGUUAAAGAAUGCAUCCAGGGUCAUUAUGCCCAUGUUGUGUGUAACUUGGUCUAGUAAAGCACACAUUAAGACCUCAGCGGAAAAACCAGACAUGUCACAAAAUUUCAUUUUUGAGUAUCCCCCUUAACCAAUUCACCCCAUUAUUAAGCUUCAAAUGGCACUGAAAACUACUGCACAACUCACCUCGUUUACGGGUAAUCGGGGAUUUAAAAUAGUGCAUACUUUGGAAGAAUCAGACAUCGGGGAUUUAAAAUAGUGCAUACUUUGGUAGAAUCAGACAUGUCCAGUGAAAAUGUAGAAGAAAAAAAUCAAAAUAACCUCCCUUAGUAUCACAAGAUGUGCUCAACCAAUGGCAAGUAAGGAAAACCCAAAUAAAUAAAGAAUGUAGGUCAAUUGUCCAACGAGAAAAUUACACCCAACAUUUACUGCUACUAUUGUUAUCUAAUAUAAUCUUAAACAGAAAAUUAAACGGGAGAAAGAAAAAGAGGUUUAGGAAGCAACGUUUUUCUAGUCAAACAUUGGGUAAAGAUAGUCACUGUGCAAGAUUUAUGUGAUUAGAAUCAGAAUUAUGAACGUUUAGGAUUAAGUCAUUAAGUUUAAUUGGUAGUCUACUUCGACAGUGCUGUAUUAUGUAUUUCUAUGUCUAUUGAUCUAUUGUGUUACGAAGUUACAUCUCUGUUAAAGAUUGCCUCUGAUAAAUGACUAUUGCCCAAUAAAGGCGAAAAAGAAAAAUGUAGAGCAAAAAGUAUGCCCAUCUCUUGCUUCAUGCCAUCUUUUUAAUCAGACCACUGACGGCAGUGAUCAAAACAAUACAAUGAUUUACAACAUAUUUUGUACUAUUACAUGCAGUCCUUCCCGAUUAAAAGCUGUUAAACACACUUUGACUAUCUCUAUGUUUUCAUUGUCAGUAAAAAUGCAGCCAUAAUCUCUUUAUUUUAUUUGAAUGAAAAUCACUACCCUUACAGUCAACUGAGCGAUGACUGAUGCUAGUGCUAGUUUGUGUAAAAAUAGCAUAAAAUAAGCAUGUUCCAAUUUCAUCAAUUUCAAUACCAGUUCAGGGUCAUAUGUUACAUAUAAUUUUUAAAAUGCUGAAUGAUAAUGACAUUUUGAAAGUAUAAAUUUUAUAUAAUUUAUUAUAUUAUCACUGACUCAUUACACCAACAGUACAAGAUAUCAGUGGCGUGUACACUGAACAGAGCUUUAGAUUUUUUUUUUUUAAAUAAUAAUUUUUAAUAAUUUUUUUGGUAAAAUAAUUGGGUGAUUUUCAUCCACUAUUGCUUGUAUUAUUGAAAGUGGUCACUUAAGUUGACUUGGCAUGAAGUAGACAAGUAAUGGCCUUUUAAAAGUCAUAAAAUAUAGUUUAAAAAAAAUAUUUUAUUUUCAUUUGAAAAAGCAGACAAGUCACAAUGUUGGGUCAGCCUGGUAAUAAGCUGUAAAAAUAUAGUAAAUUGUCACAAAAUAUUUAAUAACUGAUAUAUUUUGAAAGUAAAAUGGAUCACUAAAUACAUAAAAAAAUUAAGGCAUUUUAUUUUUACAUGUGAAAAUAUUGGAUAUUUUAAAACUUUAAAAUGCAAUUUUCUCAAAAUCUUCAAAAUGUAACAUGUCUGGUUUUUCCGCUGAGGUCUUCACAUGUGUUCAAGAAUUCAUCCAAUGUCAUGCCAAUGCAUGUUUAAAUAGCUGGGGGGGGGGGAAUUUACUCUUUAGUGUAGUAAGUUUUUAUAUGAGCUGAGGUAAAAACAACACAACGACUAAAGUCUGAGGGCUACUGCUGACUUUGCAUCGACACUAAAGAAGAAGGUGAAGUUGGUACUAGUUAAUUUUAGGGCACAUUCCGUCCUUUGGUUUGGGUCUAGGAAUUUAAGGAUGUCCCAAGACAGAUACAAUUAGGUGGUCAAAUAGUUAAGAUAUUUUUAAAUACCAUUUACUGUUUAUGAGUUUCAUUUCUCUUAAAACUGCUUUUGUUAAACACCGCAAUGUUUUACUUCAUCAAGUUUACCAGUUAGAAUGUAAAAAUAGACAGUUUUUCUUUAAAGUUCAAAAUAUUAAAUAAACUCAUUCAUUUUUCACCUGCUUUGUUACACUUGGCCUGAUGACAAUACUUUUGUCUUCAGAUAUUAGAUGACUAUAUUACCCUGGGGCUGAUGCCCCGAAGUUUGGUCAGCAAUGAAGUUUUCUACACCCCAACUGAUGUUGAAGCUGCUUGCCUUGACCAUGGGGCGGAUGGUGACUGUGGUCUGGAGGGCAUUGACCACACUGCUGACCAGGACAGCGCACAUAGUUGACAUUAGUGUCAUGACUUAACAUCUCAUCCGGCCAUUGCUGGAUCCCUGGAUUUGCCAGAUUAUGAUUCAUAUCAUUAUUUAUUUUUGUUUAUCUUUCUUUUAAACCUCUGCUAAAAACUGUAAAAUUCCUCAUCUGUAUAUUUUGCACUAUCUGUAUACUUCUUUUAUGAUUUAUAAACAUCUAUUAUGAUUUGUGUUUUAUAUCAAUCUCUUGUGUAUUUUAACCCCCUACGAGCAGAUGCUUUCAUGCUGUUAUGCUAGAACUGAUGAUAUACAAAAUUAUAUGCUUGGAAUUGUUAGAGAAAGAUUAUGUCCCAUUAACGUAGUGCCAGACUCAAAAUCUGCUGGUGGAUUGUUUUUCAUAUUUGUUUUUUGCUUAUAAUGUUACAAACGGUGUGUUCAAUAAUGUUAUAUUGUUACAUGCUGAGGCCAGGAAUGUUACAUUUUUGCUAGCUGUCUGUCCAAGCAUUAUGGUAUUGUUGUUAUUUGCUGUGUAUCGAAAUAUCAAAACAUUUUUAAAUAGUUGCAUCAGUGUCCAAAAUUUUUUUACAUUGAAACAUUUUUAUAUUGUUACUAUCAGUGUGGCCAGUAAUUUUUAUAUUGUAGCUAGCUGUGUGGCCUGUGGUUUUUAUAUUGUUACUAGCAGUGUGGCCAGUCAUUUUUAUAUUGUUACUAGCUGUGUGGCCUGUGGUUUUUAUAUUGUUACUAUCAGUGUGGCCAGUAAUUUUCAUAUUGUUACUAGCUGUGUGGUCAGUCAUUUUUAUAUCGUUACUAGCUGUGUGGCCAGCCAUUUUUAUAUUGUUACUAGCUGUGUGAUCAGUCAUUUUGAUAUUGUUACUAGCUGUGUGGCCAGCCAUUUUUAUAUUGUUACUAGCUGUGUGGCCAGCCAUUUUUAUAUUGUUACUAUCAGUGUGGCCAGUAAUUUUCAUAUUGUUACUAGCUGUGUGGUCAGUCAUUUUUAUAUUGUUACUAGCUGUGUGUCCAGUCAUUUUUAAUUGUUACUAGCUAUGUGGCCAGUCAUUUUUGUAUUGUUACUAGCUGUGUGGCCAGUCAUUUUUAUAUUGUUACUAGCUGAUCACUUGUAUGAGCUUUUAGUUAAUAGGGAUAAUUCUAACUCUAGUGUCUUUAAAUUGUAUGUACUUGUUUAUGUUUAGUCCAGAAACUCCAAUUUCUUUAUUUGAUUAUGUACUUGUAUAUUUUUAGGUAUGCAAAUCCAGUGUCCAUAUUUGUUGUCUUUUUAAUCAUCCCUGAACUCUUUUGGUAAGAGUUCAACCUCUGACCCCAUUCCAAAUGAUUGACCCAAUAGUUUGAGAGGUUCAUCUGCUGGUCAGUGCCUUUAUUUCCACAUUGCUUGGCUUCCUUCCAAUGGCUUGUAUUCCUGCUCAGCUUGCCAUCUGUGUUAUCAUCAUUACCUCAUUACUUUGUGAUAUUAGGACUGAGCUCACUCUACAUCUAAUACGUGUGUUCCAUUUAAUCUAGUAGUUUUGUAUGCUUGGUGGGGGUCUUCAUUUGGAUGUUAAGAAAAGAUAACUCAGUUGCUUGAAUUGUUUCCCUUGCAGUGUUGCAGUGAAUGAGUCGUCAUAUAUAUUGCUGAUCUCAGUACAUUCCUAUGACAGAAAAUGACAUCCUUCUUUAAUAAAGAUGUUAGCACUUUUUUUGUCGAGAUGAAAACAAUAGCAAACAUAAGAAAUGUAAACAUUUCACGGCUUUUAAAAAAAAUGUGGACAAGUUCAUAAGAACAAUCUAAAGCAGCGGUUCUCAACCUGUGGGUCGCGACCCCUUUGGGGUGGAAUGACCCUUACACAGGGGUGGCCUAAGACCAUUGUAAACCACAUAUUAAUGAAGUUGCAACGAAAAUGUUUUUUGGGCGGUCACCACAACAUGAGAAACUGUAUUAAAGGGUCGCUGCAUUAGGAAUGUUGAGAACCACUGAUCUAAUGAGUGAACUAGCUAUCACUUAUAACUUAUAUCAAUUUGUGUGUGCACCAAUGUGUACUUAUGGUUAAAAACUAUCAUAGAAUGAUGUCCACUGAUACUGUCUACAAAACUACUAUUUCUUUUUAGACACAUCAUUGCUGCACAGAUUGUACAAGUGUACUAUUUCAUUUUUACGUCACAGUUGAUGGUUUUUUAGCCCUUGAUAUAUAGAAUUUCUGAAAAUGUCAGCUGGUCAUCAUCACAGGGUCGUCACGAGCCUGCCAGGUUUAUGCCACAUGCCCACCAACUGGUUUUCGCGAGCCUGCCAGGUUUAUGACACAUGCCCACAAACUAGUUGUCCCAUAGCUUCAAGCUGAUUAUGCUGUUAAUUAUAUUUUUGUUACUGUUUAAUGAGUCUUUCAUUGCACAUCACAAUUCUUUUAUGGUCUCAAGGAUGUGGUUGAUUAAAUGAUAUUACCAUUGGAAUGGAGAUCGCUGUAAGAAUAAACAAGAUGUUUGGAAGAAAGAUUUUUGGAUUAAAGAUUGUUGUUGAAGGAUGUUGAGAAAAAUACUGCUAUUGGAAUGAAGAUUAUAGCUUGCUUAUAGUUCUGGUGUCUAAAAGUCAAAACUCGUGAUUAAAAUUUGAAUCUCUUCAUAUGUUAUGUUCUUGAUUGGCCAGCAUUCAAAUACAUCUCUUAAUUCUUGUUUUAUUGGAUGAGUCCCUACUGUCAUAAGUUUUCUAAAUAUGAAUGACAUGGCUCCCUGACUUAGUGUAAGGUCUACAGUGCUUUGUCUCUACGUGUUCAUGGAUGUACUUUAUCUAAAGUGAAAAUAUCACUGUCUAUAUUUCCUCAAUGUGUUAAUCAGUUUGUGAAAUGUUUAAUUCAACAUUCAUAGCUUUGCUGACCACACACUUGCCCUGACCACAUAACUUCCCUUAACACAUAACUGCCUUACCACACAACUGCCCUAACCACACAACUGCCCUGACCACACAACUGCCCUGAGCACACAACUGCCCUGACCACACAACUGCCCUGACCACACACCUGCCCUGACCACACACCUGCCCUGACCACGCACCUGCCCUGACCACGCACCUGCCCUGACCAUGCACCUGCCCUAACCAUGCACCUGCCCUAACCAUGCACCUGCCCUGACCACGCACUUGCCCUAACCACACAACUGCCCUGACCAAACAACUGCCCC